CCUUGGGGACCCUGCCCAGCCCCUUCUCUUGUUCUGGUUUCUGGGGCCCCCACCGACCUGUAACGGCCUGGCUUGGGGCAGACACAGCCCCCAGGCCUGGUGCCUAUGGCCAUUCGUCCCCGUGCUGAGGCAGGCCCUCAGUCCUGUGGGAGGGCAGCCCUGCACAGACCCCAGAGGCCUGGAGGCCGAGCCAGCUGCCCCUGGUCUGACCUGUGGUGGCACUGGGGCCUGUGCUGAGGGCCUGCCUCUGGAGGCCCCAUGCCUGGCCAGCUCCACCCACAGGCAUGUGGUGUGGCCCCAGGCCCCCGCCCAACCAAGGCAAGGACCUCUCAGUCAGAGGUUGGCUGUGUAUAACCCUUCUCCACCCUCCAGGGAGGGCGAACUGAACUCAGGAGCACCUGCUCAUGGUGGCAUUCAAGGCGCAGCAGGGAGGGGCCCACCUCCAGUGGGGACAGGUCCUCCGUUCCGAUGGCUGCAGACUCCUGCUGCUGAGGGAAAGGCCCCAAAAGGAACGUGGGGCCCCGACUCAGCCCACACGGGGCCUCUCGCCCUCUCUGUGCCAUGCUUUCCUGGCUGGGACAGGGGUGCUGCCUGGCUCCCAGGAGGGGGCUGUGCAGGGAAGGGAAGCGGCUAGCUACAGGCAGGAGCAAAAGCAGAAAUGGCGCUUAGGCUAGUUGCCGUUGUGGUUGAAACAAGGAACUAAGAUUCAGACACCCAGACACCCAGCAAGAGGGGAAACACAGCCAGGGGCAGGCGCCUAGGCACACACGCACACGCACACGCACAGAAGCGGGGGCUCGGUCAGCUUCGGGCUCCACAUGGAGGCCGCCUGCAGCAGAGUCCAAGGGCUGGCCUCUCACCCAGGGCCCCGCCGUGCACAGGGGUAUGGAGGCGUCUGGGAGUUUGAGCAGGUGUCCCUAGGGGCCCCCAGCUGCCUGGGCACGGUGGGGCUGCUCCAGCCGGGCGAAGCUGUGGUUGAUGCCCAGUCACCCUGUGCAGGUGCCGAGAGCUUUGCAGAGAACAUCGGUGGCCGCUGUGUGGCCCUACUGUACGCCACCCCACAGCCCACAGGAGAGAGAGGCCAGCAUGUUGCAGGUGCUGGGAAGGCUGGCCCUGCUGUGGCUUGGCACUGCAGCUCUCACGUACCUCCUGUGGCAAGCGCACCCUCCUUCCACCUGGGCCCAGACACGCGCUGCAGUGCGGCCCACCAGGCCCGGGGCCCGUGGCACUAGACCGGCCUGGGAGCCCCUGCUGGGGAAGGCCAGGCAGCAGCUGCCAAAGGACUCCUGCCGGCUUGUCCUUGUCAAGAGCAUCCCCCAGGACCUGCCGUUCGCUGCCGGAAGCCCUUCUCUCCUUCCCCUGGCCCAGGCCUGGCCGCAGCUGCUGAACGCCGCCCGGGAGAGCAUCCACAUGGCCUCCUUCUACUGGUCCCUCACGGGGCCCGACAUUGGAGUCAACGACUCGUCUUCCCGGCUGGUGUGCCCCGGGCCCCGCUGCCGAAUCAGGCCGCAGGCUGUCCCCCCUGGCCCAGUGCUGGGCACACAGCAAGUCGGGGGAGAGGCCCUUCUUCAGAAACUGCAGCAGCUGCUGGCCAGGAACAUUUCUCUGGCUGUGGCCACCAGCAGCCCAGCGCCGGCCAGGAAGUCCACAGACCUGCAGGUCCUGGCAGCCCAAGGUGCCCAGGUGCGGUACGUGCCAAUGACGCAGCUCACUGGGGGUGUUCUGCACUCCAAAUUCUGGAUCGUGGAUGGGAGGCACAUCUACCUGGGCAGUGCCAACAUGGACUGGCGGUCCCUGACACAGGUGACAGAGCUGGGCGCUGUCAUCUACAACUGCAGCCACCUGGCCCAGGACCUGGACAAGACAUUCCAGACCUACUGGGUGCUGGGGGCACCAAAGGCUGUCCUCCCCAAGCCCUGGCCUCAGAACUUCUCCUCCCACAUCAACCACUUCCACCCCUUCCAGGGCCGAUUUGACAGGGUGCCCACCACUGCCUACUUCUCGGCCUCGCCACCAGUGCUCUGCCCCCACGGCCGCACCCAGGACCUGGACGCGCUCCUGGCAGUGAUCAGAGGAGCCCAGGCGUUCAUCUAUGCCACGGUGAUGGAGUACUUCCCCACCACACGCUUCAGCCGCCCCACCAGGUACUGGCCAGUGCUGGACACAGCGCUGCGGGCAGCAGCUGUGGACAGGGGCGUGCACUUGCGCCUGCUGGUCAGCUGCUGGCUCAACACGGACCCCAGCAUGUUCCCCUACCUGCGGUCCCUGCAGGCCCUCAGCAACCCUGCAGCCCACGUCUCAGUGGACGUGAAAGUCUUCAUUGUGCCAGUGAGGAACCACUCCAACAUCCCGUUCAGCAGAGUGAGCCACAGCAAAUUCAUGGUCACCGAGAGGGCGGCCUACAUAGGCACCUCCAACUGGUCCGAAAAUUACUUCAGCAGCACCUCGGGGGUGGGCCCGGUGCUCAGCCAGGGGGCCCCCAGCACCCAGCCAGGGCCACCCACCGCGCAGGAGCGGCUGCGCCAGCUCUUAGAGCGAGACUGGAACUCCCGCUAUGCUGUGCGCUCUGACAGGCAGGCCCAGGGGCAGGACUGCGUCUGGCAGGACUGAGGCCCGGACCAGAACCCCGUGGCGGGCUCUGCUCCCAUCCAACCACCUCGCCCUCCACACUGGGGCACCAAGCAGCUCCAUCCCCCUGAGCCCUGGUCAGGGCAGGACUCCCCAGGUGCAAACUGUUUGCUGUCCAAAUCCAGCCCUCUUAAACCCCACCUGCAGGGAGCCUUCCAGGAUGCUCCUCCCUGACUCCCUCUGUCUAGCCUUCAAAAAGGGCCUUUAGAAUAUAUUUGCCUCUGUGCCUCCCUGCCUCUCGUGAGUCCAGCGUGGGGCUUCUCCCCCUCCUCCUUGGUACCAGGCUGUUGUUCAGCUCCCUGAACCCUGUGAAGGCCCUGUGUCUACAUGGCCCCUGGGUCAGGCCACGCCACGUCUCUGCACUGGGACCCCUGAGGCUUUUCUGUGCUGUU